AGUGGGUUGACUCGGUGUGAAUCGGUGGCGCAUGCGCAAUUAUAUGCAUGCGCCACCGAUUUCAUGCAUGCGCAAUGUUUGUAAAUAAUAAUCUAUAGUGAAUCUCUCUGAACCUAGUCGUAUCACAGCUAACAUUUUAUAUCGGGAUCAGUAUCCGUUGGUUUCAUGUUGGCGGCGGCGAUUAUCAUCGCUACCAGCCAAGUAAAGGAUAUUCUUGGGCUCAAAGUUUCCGGUACCAAGUUCGUGCAAGUCUGGCGAAGUAUUUUCGAGCACAUUGGCGAGACGAGUUGUUGGUAUACCGCUUUGGGAAUUGUCUGUAUAAUCAUUCUUCUACUUCUUCGAGGUCGGCACAAGGUUGUCAUGAAUGAGGACAAACCUCUAUUGAAUAGCGAUGGAAAUUUACUUAUCCAAGAUAUACAAGAAAAUGAAAUCUUUGCUGUACCUAUGUCUAAAAGUACUUUAGAGUUUUUCAAUUUAUAUGUGAAUCAAGAGUUAUAUAAUGAGGCUUCAACAUCACAGAACAACGAAUCAAUGUCAUGUGACAAUGGUUCAAAUGAUGCAGGGUGUUCAAGCAAAGUUCAUAGCAAUUUAGCAGUUUCAUCAACAGCAUCUUGGAGAGAUGACAACGAAGUAAAGUGUCUCAUCUAUCUUUGGCGAGAUUAUCAAAAACGUUUCAAAACUAUGAAGAGUCGGGAUGUGUGGGCUUUAAUCUGCGAAGAAUUACAAAAGACGUCUUCUGAAUGGAGGAAGAAAACUGCAAUUCAAUGCGAAAACAAGUGGAAAGAUAUCAAAAGGAAGUACACAGAAGUAAAGGAUCAUAAUAAUCAAUCUGGUAAUGAUCCCAAAACUUGCAAGUUUUAUGAGGAAUUAGAAGACGUUUUAGGAGAAAAACCAUGCGUUAAACCUGUCGCUGUUGCGUCUAGUCUUAACAAGAGAAAAAUGCCUUCCAAUUCUGAAGGCAAUUUUGAAGAAAUAAAUGAAGAUUCUGAAACUUCAACUCAGUCUGAAGAAAUUCCUUACCAAAGAAAAAAGAAAAUGACUAAAAUUCAGCGAGAAUUAAAAGACUGGUCUGCCGCUCUUAUUGCGGAUGCAAAAGUUCGGGAAGAAGCGAAGGAACGACGUCACAGAGAAGCUAUAGCUGAAUCAAAAAAUGUGAUAGAUGCCUACAAAGAGAUAAUGAAUAAAUUAAUCGAUAAAUUGUAAGUUCAUUUAAUAUAACAGUUAUAUAAAAUUACAAUUUUUAUGUUCGGAAAGACAGUAUUAACGCUAUCAGCAUCUAUUCUUAUCCUACUUUUAAUAAACAAUGAAGAUAGAUGCUUAUAGCGCUAAUAACGUCUCCUCGAGUGUUGCAAUACUACAUUUUUACAAUGUGACUAAAACAAUGCUCAAACUUACGGGAUAAACCUUAUGAGAUAUUUUCAUAUUUAUUUUCUUAUAAACAAAAUAUUUUAUAACGUUAUUACAUAUAUAUGUUUAUUAUUUGGUUUUAACAUACAUAUAGUUCGAAAGUAUACUUAUAAGUAUAGCUAUUGCAUAGCAAAAUAAGGUUUAUAUUAAUAUUUUGUUAGAAUAUAUUUGCGAAAGAUAUUACAUAUAUAUAUUACAUACAGUAUUACAUAUGUAUUUUGGUUUUAAGGAUUUUAUACUAUUGAUCUUAUCAUUAUCAUUAUGAAAGGCUUUCAGGUGAAUGUCGCGUAUUAAAACAGCAUUAAGCCAAUAUUUUGCGAACACUGUUUCAGUACGCUACAUUUAUCCGGAAGCUUUUUAUAAUGAUAAUGACACAUAUUUUAUUCCUAUCUAUGCUAUAAAACAGACUGACUAAUUAUUGAUUUUAAUAAUGUUAUUUUAUAAUAAGAAAUACUGAUUUAAUCUUGUGAUAAUAAAAUAAUGUUAAAUUUAUGUCAAAAUAAAAAUAAAUUUAUAAAUA